CAGCUCGGCCAAUCACAGCCGCCCGUGGAGAGCGCGCUUUGUUUUCUUUGUGUUUUUUAAUGAAGUUAACUCACACACACAUCGGGAGAAACUCAAGACUCUGCAGAAUGAGCUCUGAACCCGAAGGCAUGGCUGGGUUUCCUCCGAGGCAUCCCGGAUUUGGGAAUUCUGGGAAGUGUUUUCUGAUUGACAACCUGUUGCGGAGCAGCUCGUCACCUGAGGCAGGUGUGUGUGUUCCUGCGCUGAAGUGUGUGUCGCCGGGGGACCGGAUCCCACCAGUUCUAGUGUCUGGAGUCGCUCCUCCCUGCUGUUCUGGACCCGCAUCCGGCAACACCUCUCCUCUCUUCACUAGGGGCGUGGGGGCGGUCCUGUGGAGUCCAGCGCUAGGCUCCGGGUCGCGGUCAGGAAUCCUGAGGCGAGCUGUGUUCUCCGAGGACCAGAGACAAGAGCUGGAGAAGACCUUCCGCAAGCAGAAGUACAUCAGCAAGACGGACCGACACAGACUGGCCACUGACCUCGGCCUGAAGGAGACACAGGUGAAGAUCUGGUUCCAGAACCGCAGAAUGAAGUGGAGGAACUCCAGGGAGAAGGAGAGCGCGUGCACGCGGCCGCACGUGGAGCGACUGGUGCUCUGGAGCCAAUCCGAACCCGCGGACAUGACACACGUGACACAUGCGACACACACUCACCCGUGCACGAGACCCGAGCGCUGCAAAGAGGAUUCAUCAUGACACACACUUCUUCCUCUCUUCAGAGACUCUUGGUGCUAAACAUGGACAUUUUACAAGUGCGAUGAUUUAUUGUGGAAAAGUUUCGGUAACACUUUACAUUAAAAGCAUUCUGAUUGACAAUUAGCAAAACAUCCGUUACAAUAUUUUUUUCUGAAUGUUAGUUAAUAAAACUACAUGUCCUCAUGGAAUCAAAAUGGAAGUUUUCUGGCUUUUAGUAGGAAUAAUGAUCUUAAGGUUAGCCUAUCUAUAAUAACAAAAUUCGCAUUUAGAAGAUAUAAGCUUUCAAAACUUACAUCAAUGAUUUGAUGACAUCACUCCGCACUUCAGCUUCUCGUCAGAUUUUCUGUCUAAUCAAAUGCUCUCGAGAAUAUGAAGCUCCGCCCCUUAUUAUAGACGCUGCGGCUGAAAUCAGUCACUUCUUCACACAUUUAUUGUUUCACUAUGGUGAAUGGCACAGACAGUGCACUGUGUGUGUGUGUGUGUGUGUGUGUGUGUGUGUGUGUGUGUGUGUAAUAGGGGAUAGAGAAUGAUAAUAAGUGCACUAUCCAGGGGAUAGGGAAGUUUAUGUUGCAUUAUAAUGUUAUUGUAAAGUGUUACUGAAACAUGUCAUGGAUCUUUAUAGGUGCAAAAGUGUAAAAAAAUAAUGGCAAAUGUGAAUAAUGCAACAGCUCUUUAUCCUAAUUUAGUCAUUUACCUUUUUAUAAGAUUCAUUUCAAUUAAUUAUGAUAAUAUCAUUUACAACUGACUUAUUUUUUAAAUUUUGCAUAAAGUGUACAUUGUAAAUUCUGAAUUGUUAAGUUUAGAAACUUCACUCUUUAAAUAAAACCAGUUUAAAAUUUU